CUGAUCUUGAGUGCUGCUUGCAUACUCUACCUCCAUCGGCCAACAGCCUCUGGUCGUGCGCCUCCCAUUCGCGCGAUCUCGGCCAUGGACAGCUAUGCCUUCGCAUCCCUAGCCCAAGUCAAAAUUCUCCUCGUGCCCGUGGGCGGCAUCCCGCAAACCUCAUUCGAGCGCUACGCAGCUGAGCUACGCACCUUCGACUCGAUUCGCCUGGGCGACAUACCGGCGGACAACAAGGAUGAAAAGGCUCGAUUCAUGCCGAGUCCUCUUUCUACGGGAUACCUACAUCUGAGCUUUCCGUCACAUCCGCCUCCGCACUCACACCUACCGCUCUCCCUCCUCCGACCCUCGCAUUUUCCGCUGGCCGUCAUCGGGCUCGGCGCGUGCUCAAAGACCGACAGUCUGCCUGCCAUCUACGAUGACUUCAAUGCUUCGCUGCUCGACAUAUUCCCGGGCGGCGGCGUGUACCCGAUGGCGAAGAACUGCUUCGUGUUCGAGGAAGGCGAAGGGAACACGAACGUCAAUCUGGGGGAGAGUCUGCCGGGCCUGGUUGUCAUUCCGAGUAUCAUCAGCAACAAGAAGCUUUACAUCGGGACGUUGCUGGGUGAUCUGUGCUCGCAUGUGCUGGGUGAAUUUGGGACCCUGGUUGCGGGGCUCGAGAGUCCGGCUGGGAAUGAGCAUUUGAAUUCUGUGCUGCUGCCAAUGGUCCCACCGUCCGACCUUCCGAUACCCUUGAACCAACCGCAACGAAGGGACUCUAUGUCCCCUGCGCCAUCUAAUGGGGCAGUACCAGAUGCGAGACUGUCGGCGACGAAACGGGGCUCGGUGGCCCGACAAUCCACGCUGGGCGUGCCUCCGUCGAAGAAGAGGCUGAGCAGUAUCGGAGUAGCGUCCUCUCAUGGGCGGCUAUUUAAGGUCCUCGGGGACUUUUUUCUGCUCGCAGGAAGGAUGGAGGACGCCGGUGUCUGGUACAACGAAGCGCUCCAACUUUUCCGAUCUUCUACGGAUGCAGUCUGGCAGGCGGCGACGCUGGAAGGGAUGGCGACGGUAUCCAUCAUGGAAGCGUGGUCCGCCGGCCAAGGACUGAAUACAUCACUGUCCGCCAGUCGGGAGCCAUGGAGUGACGUUUUUGAUCGACUGGGGCAUGCGAUUUCGCUGUACCACCGGCCGCAGUCUCCCGACGGAGAGCAUAAUUACUCGCUGCUGUCUUAUUUGUAUAGCUGUGCAGUCCUCCGGCAAGCAUCGCUUCUGUUCGCCGUCUGGUCUGCCAAGGGCUGGGGCCCUCUUGCAUUCAGUACGAUGCUCCAACCUGGGCCCACGCCCUAUCUUCCGCCAACUCUUACGCACGGCAUCACAUCUUGGGCAAGCUUGGAACGGCUGAGCACGAUGUCAAACAUCUCGCGAGCGACGAUCUCCGCCGUGCUUGCCCAGGUCCAUGGCCCGUGGUUGCUUCAUCUUGGGGCGCGGGAUAGAAUCAGCAUCCUAGAGGCGACCGCAAGCAUCUACUCGUGUCUGGGUUACCGACGAAAAGAGGCCUACAUCCUGCGCGAAGUCCUCGGCUGCGUCAUGGAUCUAAUCGUCUGUGGUCGAGAAGAGGAUGGUUUCUCGAGACUCUCUAGUGUUCCACUCUCAGCCGGCGCCACGCUCAGCUCGGGCUCUUCGCGUGGUGGCAACGUCGGUGUCCGAUUCACCGAGAACAUUGGUGGAAACGAGAGUGUGCUCAGGCUAUUGAAAUACAUAUGCAGGGUUCUCGGCAUCAAUCUCGACGCGGUGCGACUAUCGGAGGGGUCCGAGAACGAGGGGACUUCCCAAAUGCCGCCGACGAGCGUCGAAGAGGAGAUCGCCAGCGAGUUCAUGGAACCUUAUGGGUGGCCUGAACUGCAAGUCGGGGUUGUUCGAGAGGCGGUAGCCGUGGCUGAGGCCCUGCCAGACUAUCUGUCUGUCGCCCAGUUCUCUCUAUCUGCACUGCGAACUCUGCAGAAUGUGCUUGCUCCUGGGGAUCAGUACCAUCUGUACACGACUUCUGGACGUGCUUUGGUGACAGCACACCGAAGAGGCGAAACAAGAUCGGUGGAGCACUGGUCUGGCAAGCCUCUGAUCAGCAUCAGUCUUUCAGCAUUGCCUCUAGUCCGGCUGCCAUUGGAGAAGCCUCUAUCAGUUCUUGACCGUAGAUCCUCAGACAUCGCGCCAAUAUUGACGGGAGCAACGGAUCCUUUCCUUUACAACCCGAGGCGAGCAUUGGGACAGGGCAAGUCGCUGGUGGUGCAGAACGAGAUGUUGGAUUUUACACUCGUUCUUCGCAAUCACUAUGUCUUCGACCUGGAGAUCCAGUCUUUGACGUUGAGCACAUCUGGCGUUCCAUUCGAGUGCAAGCCAGUUCGGGUGGUCUUACCGGCCAGUUCCUAUCACGUGGUUACAUUGUCGGGCCGAGCCUCUGAAACAGGCUCACUCGUCAUUAGAGGCUGUUUUGUGCAAGCCCCGGGUGGAAAGCCUAGAGAGUAUACGCUUCCAGUACCCAGCGGAGAGGAUUCCGAACAGGUGUCUCGAAAACGGGCUGCUCUAGAGUGUGAGGUGGGCCGAUUCAAGUAUCCGGGGCUCGAUUGUUUUCCAUGGGAAAAGGCGGCGAAGCGAUCCAGUACAGCCAAGACCUCCAAACAAAGUCCACCGAAGUUCCUCGAGCUCAGCGUCGUUCCGGAACAGCCGCUGCUCCGCAUCCGUCGGACGUCGGUGACGCAUGGCGCGGUCAUGAUGUACAACGGCGAGAUGGCAAUGAUUCGACUCACACUGGAGAACGUCUCGUCUUUGCCCAUAGAUUUCCUGCGACUUGUUUUCGACGACUCGACUAUCGCGCCGGCACAGCAAGACCUCGCCAACGGCGAUCUGUCGGUCUUCGACACGUAUGAGACGGAAUUCGAUUUAUUGCAUCGUCCUGUGUUUGCAUGGAAUAAGGAGGAGGGCAAAGACAUUAAUGUCCUUCCGGGAAGCAAGGUGACCGUGAAUAUCAACUGUUUUGGGAAAGUGGGCUGCACUACAGGGACAAUCCACGUCUCGUACGCCUACGUGCACCGGCCUGCGCCGUCACUGGAAACACCGCAACCCUCCGUUUUCCACACGCGACAACUCUCAUAUCCUGUGAUGGUGACUGUUUACCAUAUGUUGGAAUGCCACGGCAUGGAUGUCCUGCCUUUCCCGUCACACCCCUUCGAUCUUGACGAGAGCACUGAGUCUGGCUGGUGUCUCUUUUCAGUCGAAGUCCGGAAUACAUACGGUCUUCCUUUCGAGGUCUCCUUUGAGCGAACCCAGCAAGCGGGCAAAUCAAGGGCGAAAACAUCUACGAUCGUUUCGCCAGGCUCGACAUCAAGAAUCGUCAUCCCCAUCAAGAAAUUUAUACUCUCCGACGAACACAUCUCACAGCCCAUCCCCACGCUAUCAGAACGGCAAUUCGUUGUGGCCAAAUCAAAGCUAUCCAAGGAGCAGGAACGGUCUCAGCGCGAGCUGUUUUGGUACCGAGAAGAGUUGUUCAAAUGCAUUCGCGGUCGAUGGCGCGAGGCGGGAGGAACCCGGGCCGGUGACUUGUCUCUGCGGCAGCAGAGGAUGACUUUGCCCAUGCUGGAGACGUUGCGGACGGAGACUGCGUCCAUCCAUCUAAGCCUGCACACCAGCGAAUCGCCGAUGGUUGAGCAUGGCGACAAGUACCACCCACCAUACAGUGAAUUUGUGUAUCUCCGGAUAAGAGUGACGAACAAUUCUCUCACAUCGCAAAUUUUCACAGUCGACCUGGACUUGCAGCCCUUGCAACACGUGAUCUACGAGGGUCUGACGCGGGACCUGCCCAUUGGACGAUUAGAGCCUGAUGAGUCACACGAGGUCGAAACGGGAUUAUGCUUCCUUGCUUAUGGCCGUUUUGAGCUGUCGGCAGAGGCCAGAAUCGUGGGCUCGCGGGAGUGUAAGGGCACAGGGCGGUUAGUAGCCGUGGUCAGGGCAGAGGGCUAGUCGAGAACGCGGGGGAUACCGAUGUUGUACAUAAUGCAUAAUGCGAGGUCUGGUAAUUAUUUGAAAUUUUGGAAAAGAUUGGAAACGGCGCGCUUCAUGGCUUUGGGCGAUGGAAGCCCGAGGUCCUCGGCAAUAUCCUCGAGGAGGCCAUUUUGGCCAUCGGGACCCACAGAACUCGGAGAAGCAACAGAAGAAGAAGAAGUCGAUUCUGCCAGGAGGCUUGCAUCAAGGAGAUUGUGAGAAGCGGUGCCGGGCUCGGCCAGGACAGACAGUUUGGGCAGGACCAUCUCGGAGGCAUUGUCCGCAUCUCUUGAGACGGACGAUUCCCAGAAAUCUGGCAUGUACGGCUAUAUGACACAGGGUCAGAGCGUACGAACAAACACGUUGAGAUAGACGCGUGUGGAGUCAGCAGGGAGCAGAGGUGGAGUCACAUACAAUCUGAGGCUGGGGAAGCGGUAUCCUGGCUGACAUGUCAGGCAUCUUCACAUCCAUGAAUGAGCUCGGAGCCAAAGGGGUGAAAGGGAUCCCAGGUGCGAGGCCGCUGGUGGACGUAGACGCGCGCCGCGCGGAGUUAGGG